UGCGAGCGGAUUAGAGUUUUGGCUUAAGUUGAGGCGGACUUGCGCUGAAAUCUCAGUCACAGUCGACGCGACGUUCAGUUGACAUCGCCUCCUCCCUUCCCUCAUUUACACGCACAACUCUUCUUCUUCUUCUACUACAACUACUACUUGCCAUCUCCUCUUUGACUAUCUAUGUAUCUGCAAGUGCAACGAGUCUUUGGUUCUGGUCAGAGUUAGGAGGCAGUCAACGCGUUGCAACUGAUGUGAACGCAUUCUCUUCAUGAUCCAACAGAUCGAGUGGAGAAGAGAUCGAUGUGGAUUCAGCGAAUAACCAUCAUCGAUUCCAAAGAAGUAACAUCAAGUGUUAAAACAGUGCAAUUAUAAAGUGCAAAGUUGUUGUUGUUGUCGUUUCGUACACCAUCCGAGUUUGUAGUUUGUGAAACAAAAAAUAGGGGUACUCCAAUUUCGAUAGACCAGAGAAGAAUCUGCAAGAAUACAGGAUGUGUUCGAUCGUGAUGCAAACCGACUACGAGAAGUUGGUCGCGGCUCACACGCCGCCGAUCUUCAGCCACAGUCCACCAACGACGGCGAAUUUCUUGUCGCGCUACGAGCCGUCCCCGUUCGUCGUCGCCCGCUACAAACCGAUAAAGGUGUGCUCGACGUCAUCGCCGAAGAGGCCGUGCCUGGUGAUCCGUCAAUCCGAUGAUUCCUCCUCGUCCGGUGACGAGGACCCGACGAGUCCGUCGCGUCUGAAGAAGCGCGUGGUGUUCGCCGACGACAAAGGAAUGAGUUUGACACAUGUCAGAUUCAUGACGGAACCGUCGCAUCUGCCGCCGCACGCGGAUAAAGUGAUCCGUUACGCUUCGAACGGUGCGCGCCACGUCACCACGCCACCGACGAUACCGUCGCCGCCGACGGAAUCCUGGGAGAUCACCUUCUCGCAACCGGCCUCCGAUUACCUGCGCUUCCGAAAGGCCGUCGACAUGAACAAGGUAUCCCUGGAGAACGUCAUCAUCAAAGAGUCUGACAGUUACGUGAUGGGCACGGUCAAGGUGAGCAACAUCGCCUUCGAGAAGGAGGUCGUCGUGCGCUGCUCCACGGACAACUGGUGCACGCACGAGGACGUCCUCUGCCGCUUCGUCUCGAACUACACCGGGAGCAGCAUCUACGCGAUCUACGAUACGUUCAGCUUCAAACUGCCGCUGCCGAAGACGACGUCGCGCACCCUCGAGUUCUGCAUUUGCUACAGAUGCGGCGGCCAAGAGUUCUGGGACAACAACGACAACCUUAACCUCACCAGAUCGCUGCAGAAGGUGACCACACUUCAACCUUCGGACAUCUUCAACACUAAAGUCGACUCCUGGAGUGAAUUCGCCAGCUGGACCCACCUCGACACCACCAACCCCUACUGGUAAAAACAACAACUCAAACAAACGUCAAACAAACAUCAAUCAAACGUCAAACAAAACAAUUUUUGUUGUUAUUGUUGUUGUUUUUUUUUUUACAUAUAUAUAUUAUUAUUAAUUUUUUUUUUA